GACACAAUCAUUAUUGUUUACGACAUCAAUAUCAGCCAUCGCUUAUCACGGUACAAUUCAAUACGAAAUAAGAUAUCACCAACAAAUUGACAUCAAACAAAACAAAAGAAGACAUCAUUUGCAAUCAAAACAAUAAAGCAACAAAUCUGUCCAAUGUUCACAAAACAUUACCAAACCACUCCAAUUCAUCAUCACAAGCAAGCAUGGAUUGGUCGCGAGAGUAAGUACCUGGAAUCGGCGGCUGGAAUCGGCGGAAUCGGCGGGAAUCAGCUGGAAUGUGGAGGGAGGAGGAGGAGAGGCUUGAGGGCGGCAGGUCAAACGUGGAGGGAGGAGGAGAGAAUGGAGGGCGGCGAGGUGUGGCGGAUGGAGGGGGAGGAGAGGCUAGAGGGCGGCGAGUCAAACGUGGAGGGAGGAGGAGGAGAGGGUGGAGGGCGGCGAGGUGUGUCGGAUGGAGGGGGAGGAGAGGCUAGAGGGAGGAAAGGUGUGGCGGAUGGAGGGGGAGGUGAGGCUGGAGGGCGGCGGGUCGAACGUGGAGGGAGGAGGAGGAGAGGAUGGAGGGCGGCGAGGUGUGGCGGAUGGAGGGGGAGGAGAGGCUGGAGGGAGGAGAGGUGUGGAGGAUGGAGGGGGAGGAGAGGCUGGAGGGCGGCGAGUCGAACGUGGAGGGAGGAGGAGGAGAGGCUGGAGGGCGGCGAGGUGUGGCGGAUGGAGCGGGAGGAGAGGAAGACGACAGUUCUCCUCUAGGGUUUAGGAGGGCAGCGCUUAGGAGGGGAAAAAAGGCAAAAACGGCAGCACUUAAGAGGGCAAAAAAUCGGGGGAAAAAAAUGCGUCCCUGGUGAAUCGAACGCGGGUCGGCUUGAGUGAUUAGGUCAUUUUCGGCUGGGAAACGGGGGGAUAACCCGUCCCAUUUUUCUGAGAAAACGACUAUUAAUGGUUUUCCCAAUUGUAAUAAUUGGGUUUUUCCAAG